UUUGAAAGACACUGCUGGGAGACAAACAGACAGUGGCCAGAGCAGCAAGUCCGACCAGAAACAGAAACAGAAACUCACGAAGAAUUCAAAAAGCAACAGCAAGACAAUGUACUUGUAGCAAACAGUUUUCUGAACACUAUAAAUAAUUAUUAAUAUUUGCCAUCAACAAAUGAAACGGACCAACGCCAUUAAAGUGAUACAACCACAAAUCAAGUUUAAAUAAUUAAUGAAACAACAAAAGUGCUGUGAUUCCACUACAAAACAACAAAAAAGCUAAUCUAAACCAACAACCAACACACACACACACUCUGCAGCAGCAACAAAUUGAAGCAAUCAGCGGCAGCAGCAACAACAACAGCAAAUUGUGAUAAAUUUAUUAAGCAAACAUAAAAAGAAGCAAGAAAAACAAACAUAUUAUUUAAUUGUUACAACAAAACACAAAACGUUUCAAGUGAUACAAAAAGCAAAGGAGAAUAAAAAGCCGUCGGCGAAACGCAUCCACCAGAGAGGAAAUUUUCGAUAAGAGGGCGAACGAUUUUGAUACGAGAGUUUUCAUCCGAUUCGAUUCGAUUUUCUUCGAAAAAACCCACAAAACACCACACACACACACACACUCAGCUCCAAAUGAAAAUGGAGGUUAUUCCCGUUCAAUCCAUCUACGGCGGUGUGCUGGGCUCAAACAAAAAUAGAGAUUGGACCAGCACCCUGACACCGCCCGCGUCCGUCAGUGUGGCCAUUGACGCUGCCGUGAACGCUGCCCCGCUCAAGACCAAGGGCUCCUCCGCCCGCGGCAGCGAUGCCUCCAACUACAGUAUUAAGCACAAGCAGGCGCCCACCAGCCAUGCACACAACUACAGCAAGAAGACGAAGCCCAGCAGCGGCGGCUACUACUAUGCCGGUGAGGUGCAGGCCGAGGAUGAGGAGGAGCAGGCGGCCCCCGCCGACUUGGACAUGCGGGAAGUGUCGCAUUUGUCGGUGGCAUUCCUGGAUGAGCUGCGAGCGGCCAAGUCUCGCCACCUCACCUGCACGGAGGUGUCGCUGCCCUGCGAUCUCGUGCCCAGCAUCGCGGCCGACAUUGUCCGUGUGUCGGAGAAGGAGCCUUGCGGCACACGCGGCUGCACCAUCUACAUCGAGUUCGAGGACGAGCCGAAAAACUCGCGCCGCAUCGCCUCCCUCAAGCUGGACCCCGAGACGGUCUCCAGCUUUGAGGUGUACGUGACGCUGCGCCAGGACCACCGCGGCUGGACCUCGCUCCUCCCGCAGUUCAUGAAGAGCCUGGCUCGCACGAUCACGAUCAGCCCCGAGUACACGAUCACCAAGAACAAGUUGUACUCGGCCGAGGGGCCAGGUGCCAGGCGCAGCUACAGCUUUGGCAGCAGCCAGAGCCGAGCCAUCGCCACGCCAACUGUGUAGGAGAGCAAAGGGUGAGAGAGAAAGCGCCCAACACCCCUGUGAUGUCAAGAGAGAGAGAGAGAGAGAAGCCCGCAAAAUACGAAAAAUACAUGUAUUAAUUUUUUUAUCAUUACAAAAAAAAAACAUAAAAGCAAAAACAAAACGUAUAUUGUAUCUAAUGUUAAGUUUUUUUAUUGCGUAAAGCAACAAAUAAUUGUGAGAAAUUUGUAACCAAAACAAAAAACCAACAAAAACACACACAAAAACCAACAAAAAGCAACAACAUUUUGUGCAAAAAAAUCAACAUUCAACACGUACAGAGAGAAAAACAAAGGCAAAAAAAAUUACAAAAAAAUAAAGCAUAUAAUUUUUCCUGCGCUAGCGGAAAAUAAUUGUGGAAAAAAUUAAAA